ACAAACCCUAUCUAGCAACUCUCAAAACCCUAACCCUCGGUCUCCCCCAUAUAAAGAUUGUACUCCACCAUUUUGUCCCGUGUCUCCUUCUUUGGACGUAUAGCCUCUGUAUCACUCGCAUUAACCAAGCACUCAACCAUGGUGGCCGCCAAGAAGACCAAGAAGACCCAUGAGAACAUCAACAACCGGCUUGCUCUCGUUAUGAAGAGUGGAAAGUACACCUUGGGCUACAAGACAGUUCUCAAAUCCCUCAGAAACUCCAAAGGGAAACUGAUUAUCAUUGCCAACAACUGCCCUCCUCUCCGAAAGUCUGAGAUUGAAUAUUAUGCUAUGUUGGCUAAGGUUGGAGUUCAUCACUACAAUGGGAACAACGUAGACUUGGGAACAGCAUGUGGGAAAUAUUACAGAGUAUGUUGCCUGAGCAUUAUCGAUCCGGGUGAUUCGGAUAUCAUCAAAAGCAUGCCUGGUGAACAUUGAGUAGGCUAUGAUCUAUAACAGAUCGUAGAUUUUGGUCGAUCUUUUGUUCUUUUCCCUUUUUUUGGAAUUGUGAUGUGGGAAUUUUAUUCGUGAGGUUAGCUUUCAGUGUUAUCAAUGACGAUGUUAUUAGAAUGUUUUAUGAUAUACUUACGGGUGACCUAUAUAUUUGUUACGUGCGUCGAUCAAUUCCAUGAACAACUUUGACUUAA